UCUCUCUCUCUCUCUCUCUGACAUUUAUUGAAGGAUAGUUUGACUCUACUAUGUUCUUGAAAGAUUUUGUGGAGUGUCUCUUUAUGGGGUUGUUCUUGGGCUGAUCCUACUUUUUUUUUCUUGGGUUGUCUGUGGUUGGGAAUUGCAUAUACUUUUGUGUGAUUAUGAAUUGUUUUGUGGGUAUUGAGGAUUGUUGUAAAUUUUUUUAAGUAAUUGUUGUUGUUGCACUAUUUCUUUAUUGGGUUUGUUAUUGGUCGAGUACUUGCUUUGUUAACUGUUCUGAAAAAUUCUAAAGAAAAGUGGAGAAGGCUGUACUGCUGAAACGAGGAAGUGGGGUUCAUCAUUUUGUGCCUCUGAAUCGAGUUUUUGAUGUUUUGAUGGAGGAGAGAGAGAGUGUGUAAAUAGAAGUUGUAUAGAGGGCACUUUGGUUUAGUGGAUGUGUAAGUUAUGGCCUUCAUGCAGUUCUAGAUGGAUAACCACAAUGGAGGGUUCCUCUGAAUCUGCUCGUAAGAAGUCUAGUAGCUCUAGGGAGUUGAACAGUUCAAGGUUUUCGAAUCUCGAUCGCCAUGGUGGUAGUAGUGGUGGUGGUAGAACUGGCUUGUCUAGUGAUGAUGUAGUAUUCCAUGACUCUAGCUAUAACAGGAAGGGAAAAGAUGAUAAUAGGGUUUUGGUUGCUCACACCGAUUACAUUCGAAACCAUGGUGGUUUAUCCGGAGUUUGCGAGGAUGAGGUAGCGGUGAACCCUUUUGUUCGCACCGUUGAAUGGGGAGACGUUAGCCUGAGGCAGUGGUUGGAUAAACCAGACAGAUCAGUUGAUGUGUUUGAGUGCUUGCACAUAUUUAGGCAAAUAGUGGAGAUUGUGAAUGUGGCUCAUUCUCAAGGGAUUGUUGUACAUAAUGUGCGGCCUUCUUGUUUUGUUAUGUCAUCUUUCAAUCAUGUUUCCUUCAUUGAGUCGGCGUCUUGUUCGGAUUCCGGGUCUGAUACUCAUGAAGACGGAUUGAAUAGCCCGACACGAGAGGUUAAGAAUUCGUCUUUGCCCUUGUCCGGUGAUUUGCAUCAGCAGAGAAGAAGCACGGGUAGUGAAGAUCUUCGACCAUUGAUAGCUUCAACAAAUGCUCUAUCAGAAUCGAGUUGCAUGCAGUCAAGCUCAACGUAUGCAGCGCACGAAUCUUUGGUGAUCGAAACUGAAGAAAAUAGAAAUAAAGAUAGAAGGAGUACAGAAGUAGAUGAGAAAAAACAACCAUUUCCAAUGAAACAAGUAUUGCUUAUGGAGACAAAUUGGUACACUAGUCCUGAAGAGGCCACUGGUGGUCCAAGUUCAUGUGCUUCGGAUAUAUACAGACUUGGAGUUCUUCUUUUUGAGUUGUUUUGCCCAUCCAGCUCGAGAGAGGAAAAGAGUAGGACGAUGUCUAGUUUGAGACAUCGAGUUCUUCCUCCGCAAUUGCUUCUCAAAUGGCCAAAAGAAGCUUCAUAUUGCUUAUGGUUACUUCAUCCUGAACCAACGAGUCGUCCAAAAAUGGGUGAAUUAUUACAAAGUGAGUUCCUAAAUGAGCCAAGAGAUGAUUUAGAAGAACGUGAAGCGGCCAUAGAGCUUAGAGAGCGUAUAGAGGAGCAAGAGUUGUUCCUAGAGUUUCUUCUGCUUAUACAACAAAGAAAGCAGGAAGCUGCUGAUAAGUUGCAAGACACACUCUCUUUCCUGUGUUCUGAUAUUGAAGAAGUCAUGAAGCAGCAAACAAUUCUGAAGAAAAAGAGUAGUUCAUGUCCCGAUCUAGUGAAGGAAGAUAACUCAACAUCAAGUCUCCCUUUAAUGAAUGUUGUUCAUGAUGAUGAUUGUUUGGGGUCCAGAAAACGAUUUAGACCAGGAUUGCCGAUUCUUGACAUGGAGGAAUGUGAUGAUAAUAUAGAUGGUGAUCAGAAGUCAGACACUGAAAACCUAGAAAGCAUUCUUUUUAAAAGUUCUCAGUUGAUGAAGAACUUCAAGAAGCUAGAGGCUGCAUAUUUUUUGACAAGAUGCAGGCCAACUAAGCUGUCAGGGAAACACAUGAUUAAACAUUCACCGAUUAGCAGUGAUGGGAGGGGUUCUGCUGUUGUAACUGAAAGAAGUUCUGUUAAUAAUUUGGCAUCAAAAGAUCGGGGUUACGAUGGUAGACAAGGUGGUUGGAUUAAUCCAUUCUUGGAGGGUUUGUGCAAGUAUCUAUCUUUCAGUAAAUUGAAAGUUAAGGCAGAUUUGAAGCAAGGGGAUCUUUUAAAUUCUUCAAACCUUGUAUGCUCGCUUAGUUUUGAUCGUGAUGGAGAAUUAUUUGCUACAGCUGGUGUUAAUAAGAAAAUUAAAGUAUUUGAAUUUGACGCAAUUACGAAUGAUGAUCGUGAUAUCCACUAUCCAGUGGUAGAAAUGGCUAGUAGGUCAAAGCUUAGUAGUAUUUGUUGGAAUAGUUAUAUAAAGAGUCAGAUUGCUUCAAGUAACUUUGAAGGUGUGGUCCAGAUAUGGGAUGUGACAAGAAGUCAAGUGCAAAUGGAGAUGAGAGAGCAUGAGAGGCGUGUGUGGUCAAUUGACUUUUCCUCGGCAGAUCCAACAUUGCUGGCCAGCGGGAGUGAUGAUGGUUCUGUCAAGCUAUGGAGUAUCAAUCAGGGCGUGAGCAUUGGUACAAUCAGAACGAAGGCAAAUGUCUGCUGCGUUCAGUUUCCUUUGGACUCCGGUCGGUCUAUUGCAUUUGGUUCAGCAGACCACAAGAUUUAUUACUAUGAUCUACGAAGUGCAAAGGUUCCUCUCUGCACAUUAAUUGGUCACAAUAAAACUGUGAGUUAUGUCAAGUUUGUAGAUGCAACAAAUCUUGUGUCGGCAUCCACUGAUAACUCUCUGAAGCUUUGGGAUUUGUCAACUUGUACAUCUCGGGUUAUUGACACUCCACUCCAAUCCUACACAGGUCACAUGAAUGUUAAGAACUUUGUAGGUUUGUCAGUUUUUGAUGGUUACAUUGCUACAGGCUCAGAGACAAACGAGGUUUUCGUUUACCAUAAAGCUUUUCCCAUGCCGGCGUUAUCAUUUAAGUUCAACAACCCCGACCCACUUUCUGGCCACGAAAUGGACGAAUCCACACAGUUUAUCUCAUCUGUUUGUUGGCGCGGCCAGUCCAACACCUUACUCGCUGCGAAUUCAACCGGUAACAUAAAAAUUUUGGAGAUGGUUUGAGUCUGAACUUGUGCAACCCCUAGCGAUUCAGGAUCCUAGUAUGGAGUAAAAGUUCGGUUAAACGGAAAAAUGAUGUAAAGAAAUCUCAUACCAGAGAAGCUUGUGUAGCUCUUAGGCGAGGCUGAAAAUAGCCCACCCAAAACUGAAAGAUUGCGAGCAGCAUAACAAAAUUUUGGUAUUAGAUUAUAGCGGAUGUGGUUGUUGUGAAGAGUGAGAACAUUCUUGUUCAAAUAAUCUGUAGAUAGAAAUUCAAAGGAAAAGGAAAGGUAAAGUAGUUGUUAUUCUGUCA